CUGAACAGACCCAGUAGUGUUUUGGUUUUUGUCCACUAUAUAAACCCCCAACUUCGGUUAUCGAUUAGGGUUUUGCGCUGUUGUUGCUGCUCAUCCUCCGUAACCUCCGAGCUCUGCACCGAAGAACGAAGCCAUGGGGAAGACACAUGGAAUGGGAUCUGCUCGCAAGCUCAAGUCCCACCGCAGGAGGCAAAGGUGGGCUGACAAGUCAUACAAGAAAUCACAUCUUGGAAAUGAAUGGAAGAAACCUUUUGCUGGUUCAUCCCAUGCCAAGGGAAUUGUCCUUGAAAAGAUAGGUAUUGAGGCUAAGCAGCCCAACUCUGCCAUUCGUAAGUGUGCCAGGGUUCAACUUAUCAAGAAUGGGAAGAAGAUUGCCGCUUUUGUCCCUAAUGACGGUUGCUUGAACUACAUUGAAGAGAAUGACGAAGUCUUGAUUGCUGGAUUUGGACGAAAAGGUCAUGCUGUGGGAGAUAUUCCUGGUGUCAGGUUUAAGGUCGUGAAGGUCUCUGGUGUCUCUCUUUUGGCUCUCUUCAAGGAGAAGAAGGAGAAGCCAAGGUCUUAAAUUUGUGGAGUACUUGUGUUUGUUUUCAAUAGUUUCUCUCAAGUAUUAUGAAUUUUGUUUUUAGGUGAACGGGUUUUAUGAACAAUUUUCUAUCUUUUCUAGUUAUUUUACUGAACUUCAUUUAACAUUUCAAGUAAACAUAUCUCGGCUUGCCUCGCCUAUGCUUCUUCCCCUUUCUCUGGCUUCUUGUGAUUGUUUUUUUCAUUCUCUUGCUGUAAACUUUCACGGAAUAUAUAGCCAUUGAAGGUUUAGCAA